CUUUCUAUGAUUUAAUGUGUUUUGGGAAAGACUUAAAUGUUUCAGUUGUAAAUAUUAAUAUAAACAUAACAUUUGGACGAAUGUGGGACCUCAACUGAUUCUUCUCUGUUCCCAUAGCAACAGGGAGACACAGUGACAGGAAGGCAUUACUUCACAUACUGGAGUAACUGGUGCGUGUGGUUUUUUGCAAAUUCCUGUUUAUUUAACAACUUUCUUUCUGAGGACUCUCCUCUGCAGUGGUCGUGUGUGUGUGCGUCGGAGGGAAGAGAAAAACGAGUUGGAAGCCGACAGCAAAUCAGAGACAGGAAAGAUGUCAAAUGGAGGAGGAGGGAAAUGAGUGAGAAGUCCUCUGACGAAGUGAUGAAGACUGGAAACAAAGUGGAGCAUCCUUCUAAUUCUGACAAGGAAGAGGAAAUAAAUCAAAUGGAAGAUAUAGGAACCCAGGCCCACAAGGACAUGAGGACAAGAGGACCGACCUCAGUGAGACGGACGAGUUGUUGAACCAAAAAUCAAGACCCGAAAUCUUCCUCCAGCGAAUCAGAGCAGAGGAAUGAAUCCAAACAGACAGGAGGCAGGAAACAGAAUUAUGAGACUCAAUAACAACACACUCUCAUCAGUUGGAUCUGACUGCAUGCAGCAUUUAUUUGUUCAUGUUUCAUACGUGGAAACAGUCAGCCUAACUCCGGAGGAGCUGGCUCUCAGCGUCUCAUCAUUGUUCGGCCUGGACUUCCUUUCAUACCAGCUGUGGCUCUGGAGAGUGGUUUCCAGGACAACAUCACAACAAUCUAACUUCAGAACGACACCGGCACAACGGCUCCACUGCUGAAUACACUGGUCCCAAACUGUUCAAGGAGCCUAGCACCAAGUCAAACAAGAAGAUGAUCCACAACGCCAUCUCUCACUGCUGCCUGGCAGGCAAAGUCAGCGAGCCCCAGUGGAACCAGAUCCUAGAGGAGCUGGAGAAGUGCGAGUCCAACCACCUGAUGAUCCUGUUUCGUGACGCCGGCUGUCAGUUCCGAGCGCUCUACAAGUACCACCCCAACACCGAGGAGAGCCAGAAGCUGACCGGCACCGGACCCAAGAGCAUCAGCAAGAGCAUGAUCGACAAGCUGUACAAGUACAGCUCCAACUGGAAGCAGUUCACAGUCCUUCCUGCCAAGAAUGUGUCAAUGAGCGUGAUCGCCCUGACCAUCCACAACCACCUGUGGCAGGUCAAGAGGAGUGUAUAG